UUUCAUUUCCUUCCAUUUUCCGGUGAAAAUGACAGUCAUCGUCGAACAGCCUGAACUUGGAAAUCAAGGACAGGAUAAAAAGAUUCAUGAAGAGACCAACGAGUUGAUUCUUGAUGGUGGAUUCGUGGUCCCUGAAUCCAACACAUUUGGCCAAACCUUCAGAGAUUAUGAUGCAGAGAGUGAAAGGAAAAAGUCUGUUGAAGAAUUUUACAAGCAGAAUCACAUCAACCAAACAUUUGAUUUUGUCAAGAGGAUGAGGGAAGAGUAUGGAAAACUGAACAGAGUAGAGAUGAGCAUUUGGGAAUGCUGUGAACUUCUCAAUGAGUUUAUCGAUGAAAGUGAUCCUGAUUUGGAUGAACCUCAAAUUGAACACUUGCUUCAGACUGCUGAAGCAAUCAGGAAAGACUAUCCUAAUGAAGAUUGGCUUCAUUUGACUGGUCUUAUCCAUGAUCUUGGGAAGGUCCUUCUUCACCAUAGCUUUGGAGAACUGCCCCAAUGGGCUGUUGUGGGUGAUACAUUCCCUGUUGGGUGUGCUUUUGAUGAGUCAAUUGUUCAUCAUAAGUAUUUCAAGGAAAACCCUGAUUACUACAAUCCAAAAUACAAUACCAAGUGUGGAAUUUACACUGAGGGAUGUGGCCUUAACAAUGUGAUGAUGUCUUGGGGCCAUGAUGACUAUAUGUACUUGGUGGCAAAGGAGAACAAGACAACUCUACCUUCAGCUGCACUGUUCAUCAUCCGAUAUCAUUCCUUCUAUCCUUUACAUAAAUCUGGAGCAUAUAAACACUUAAUGAAUGAGGAGGAUGUUGAGAAUUUGAAGUGGCUUCAUGUCUUCAACAAGUAUGAUCUCUACAGCAAAAGCAAAGUUAGGAUUGAUGUUGAGAAAGUCAAGCCUUACUAUCUAUCCCUCAUUGAAAAGUACUUUCCCUCAAAGCUAAGGUGGUGAGGUCAGUAUAAGCAAAUUGAAGAAUAAUUUUGAACAGUUUGGGCAGAAGAUGGCCAUGAUGAGAGUUUGAGUUGCUGUCAUUUU